GGGACGGUGCGCAAGCGCGGAUAGGCGAGCCCGAGCGCAUGCGCAGUGGCUGCCGGCUGAGUCGUGGAGCAGCGCGAGCGAGGCUCACGGUGCUUGUGGUGAUCGGCGAAGCUGAAUUGAGGAACCGGUUUAAUUGAUGUCGAGAGAGCUACGGGGAUUAUCGAUACUGCGUUUUUUUUUCUGAAGCAGCCGGGUUUUUUAAUUGUGUGUGUGUGGAGGAGGAGCGGGGUCGCUGAGGGAGGAUGAUGUGCGAGGUGAUGCCCACCAUCAGCGAGGACACCCUCACCCAGAGGGGCUCCCAGAACGGCGCCGAGGACGCCAAUUUCGAGCAACUGAUGGUGAACAUGCUGGACGAGCGGGACAAGCUGAUGGAGACCCUGCGGGAGACGCAGGAAACUUUGUCCCUCACUCAGGAGAAGAUGCAAGAGGUAGCCCACGAGAGAGAUCUGCUGCAGCGCCAGUUGAAUUCAGCUUUACCUCAGGAGUUUGCUGCACUAACAAAGGAGUUGAAUGCCUGCAGGGAACAACUUUUGGAGAAAGAGGAGGAGAUCUCUGAACUGAAAGCAGAGAGGAACAAUACUAGACUAUUACUUGAACAUCUGGAGUGCCUUGUGUCGAGACAUGAGCGAUCUCUACGAAUGACUGUGGUCAAGCGGCAAUCACAAUCUCCGUCGGGUGUGUCCAGUGAAGUGGAAGUUCUAAAGGCACUGAAGUCAUUAUUUGAACAUCAUAAAGCUUUGGAUGAAAAGGUUCGGGAGCGUCUUCGAGUUGCAUUGGAAAGAGUAUCGACACUAGAAGAACAACUGUCUUCAGCCAAUCAGGAGAUGACUAUACUGAGGCAACAGACUGUGCACACGCAAAGGAAAGCAGGAGCUAGUGAGCAUGCAGAAGAUAGACAAAUUUCAGACAGCAGUGAAUCUACUCAGAAACCAACAUGGAAGCGACUUUCAAAUGGAUCAAUUGAUCCCAACGAUGAGGUCAGCCAGGUUGUGGAGAUGCAGGACUUACUGGAGAAACAGAACUUUGAGGUGACCCAGAUGAAAGAGCGUGUGUCUGUCCUAUCAGCACGUGUGGCAGAGCUGGAGGAAGAUCUGGACACUGCCAGGAAAGAUUUGAUCAGAUCAGAGGAAAUGAAUAACAAGUACCAGCGAGACAUCAGGGAGGCAAUGGCACAGAAGGAAGAUAUGGAAGAAAGAAUCACAACACUUGAAAAGCGUUAUUUGGCUGCACAGAGAGAGUCCACGUCAGUGCACGAUCUUAAUGACAAACUUGAAAAUGAACUUGCAAAUAAGGAGUCUCUACACCGCCAGAGUGAAGAGAAGAAUCGACAUAUCCAAGAACUGUUGGAGUUGGCUGAGCAAAAGCUACAACAGACGAUGAGGAAGGCUGAGACAUUGCCUGAGGUGGAGGCUGAACUUGCACAACGGGUUGCAGCUUUAACCAAGGCAGAAGAGAGGCAUGGGAGCAUAGAAGAGCGCUUAAGACAACUGGAGAGCCAACUAGAAGAAAAAAAUCAAGAACUUGGAAGGGCUCGCCAACGGGAAAAGAUGAACGAAGAGCAUAACAAACGCCUGUCAGACACGGUGGAUCGACUGCUCUCAGAAUCAAAUGAAAGGCUCCAACUCCACCUGAAGGAGCGAAUGGCUGCUCUGGAAGAGAAAAAUACAUUAAUACAAGAGGUGGAAAGCACAAGAAAACAACUAGAGGAAUAUCAUCAGGACAAGGAGAGACUGGCAAAUGAAAUUGGCAAGUUAAGGGCAGAAGUGGAGCAGCUGAAACUGAGGACAGGAGCAUUUGCAGAAAGUGUGCAUCCACGAUCUCACUUGGGCAGUUCAACAGAUCUGAGAUAUCCACUUGGUUCUGUCGUAGAAGCACCAUCUGAUCAUUAUGGGACACCAACAGUGCUGCGGCGAGCUCAGAAAGGACGUUUCACACCUCUGCGGGAUGAACCUACCAAGAUUCAGACUCUAAAUGAACAGGACUGGGAAUGUGCUCAGCAGGCAAACAUAAUGACCAGUGUGACGCACACCUUUGAAAGUGACCCAGAAAUGUCUGAUGUUGAUGAUGAAGAUGGAGACACCAUGUUCAGUUCAGCAGACCUGCUUUCACCUAGUGGACACUCAGAUGCUCAGACUCUAGCCAUGAUGCUGCAGGAGCAACUUGAUGCCAUCAAUAAAGAAAUCAGAAUGAUCCAAGAGGAGAAGGAGUCCACUGAGCAACGAGCUGAGGAGAUAGAGUGUCGUGUGGGUAGUGGAAGCAUGGAUGGGCUAAAUUUAACACGAAUUCGAACAGGGACCUCCAUUCCAACUUCUCUCACUGCCCUAUCUCUUGCCAGUUCUUCACCACCUGUCAGUGGGCGCUCCACACCCAAACUUACUCCACGCAGCUCCUCACAUGACCUGGACCGGAAGGGCAUCAUGACACUGCCUAGUGAUUUAAGGAAACACCGUCGGAAGUCUUCAAUAGCAAGGGAUGACAACCGUGAAGAUAAAACCACAAUAAGAUGUGAAACAUCCCCUCCUUCCUCACCAAGGACCAUGAGGUUGGAAAAGCUUGCACACACACUCCAAUCAACCAGUCAAGAAGAAGGUCGAGGUGCAUUAACAGCCGAGGAAUUGGCUAGCAAUCCCAGCAGCAACAACAGCAGCCAGGACUCACUGCAUAAAGCCUCAAAGAAGAAGGGCAUUAAAUCAUCUAUAGGGCGCCUGUUUGGGAAGAAGGAGAAGGCACGACUUGGCCAGCUUGGAAAGGAAAUGGCUUCAGUUCACGGAUAUGGAUACUUUGGUGGCAUAUUGGAUACAGAAAUGGGCAUCCAGGACUCCCUUACUCUGGGCAAACUUGGAACACAAGCAGAGAGGGAUCGAAGGCUAAAGAAGAAGCAUGAACUGCUGGAAGAUGCUCGGAGAAAGGGUAUGCCAUUUGCACAGUGGGAUGGACCAACAGUAGUAUCAUGGCUAGAGCUGUGGGUGGGGAUGCCAGCCUGGUACGUAGCUGCCUGUCGAGCCAACGUGAAGAGUGGUGCUAUCAUGUCUGCCUUGUCUGACACAGAGAUACAAAGGGAGAUUGGAAUCAGCAAUCCCCUUCAUCGAUUGAAACUCCGACUGGCAAUACAGGAGAUGGUGUCAUUAACAAGUCCAUCAGCACCACCCACAUCAAGAACGUCCUCUGGAAAUGUUUGGGUGACUCAUGAGGAAAUGGAAAACAUGGCGGCUUCAGCAAAAACGGAGAAUGAGGAAGGCAGUUGGGCUCAGACUUUGGCUUAUGGAGACAUGAACCACGAGUGGAUUGGUAAUGAAUGGCUUCCCAGCCUUGGGUUACCCCAGUAUCGCAGCUACUUCAUGGAAUGCCUGGUGGAUGCACGAAUGCUUGACCACCUCACCAAGAAAGACCUGCGGAUGCAUCUGAAAAUGGUUGACAGCUUUCAUCGUACUUGUUUACAUUACGGCAUCAUGUGUUUGAAGAGAUUGAACUACGACAGGAAGGAUCUAGAGCGGAGGCGAGAAGAAAGCCAGCUUGAAAUUAAAGAUGUGUUGGUGUGGACUAACGACCAAGUCAUUCACUGGGUGCAGUCUAUUGGACUACGGGAGUAUGCCAACAACAUUGUCGAAAGUGGGGUGCAUGGUGCCUUGAUCGCACUGGAUGAAAAUUUUGAUUACAACAGUCUAGCUUUAUUGUUACAAAUACCCACACAAAAUACACAAGCAAGACAGGUCUUGGAGCGUGAAUUCAACAACCUGUUGGCCUUAGGAACUGAGCGGAAGUUGGAUGAUGGCGAUGACAAAAGUUUUAGACGGGCACCAUCAUGGCGAAAGCGUUUUCGACCACGAGAAAUCCACAGUAUCACCAUGAUGGCAGGGUCUACAGAAACACUACCUGCAGGGUUCAGGGUUACAACAAUGUCCAGCCCAGCUCCAUCAGUACAACCGAAGAAAAUUCAACCAGAAGUCGGCACAUCAGGGACACAGAGGUUAGAUACAUCAACAGUCCGCACUUACUCCUGCUGACAGCCAGGUCAGUCAGGGAGUCAGCAGUCAUUACCAUCCAUUCCCACUACCUGUAUGGACACAUGCUGGCUGCCUUUCGGGAAUAAUCCACUCCAUCUCUGUGAGAUCAACAAUGGAUGUCAAAAGCUGCUGCACACUAAAUGAAAUGGCACAGAUGGUUCAGAUGUACAUUGAAUAUAAAUGGGCAAUAGUUUACUUCAGUUCAGAAACAAAAUCUUAAACUUAUCAUUUUAUUUAUCUAGUAAUGACUUCCUUUAUGAGAUUAUACUUUACAAAGCUGGUAGAAAAUUCUAGGGAUCCAUUUUUGAGCUAUUUUAUUGUAAUAUUGUUCUAGUACAGUCAGUAGUAAGUUCUGUCAACUUUUAACCUCAAGUACCAUUGUGGUUUCAUUGGUUGUAGUAAAUUUUCUCAAGUGUAUCAUACCUGCUGUAUGUAACUGUAUGGCCAUGAAGUAAUGCAAGUUUUUUAUGUAAAUGUAUAUAAUACGGCUGACUGUAACAGCAUUUUUUAGAUAAUUUAAUGGAAUUUGAAGUAUGUAGACUCAACCUAAAUGCUGUCUUAAUCAUUGUUUCUGCCAUUUUUAUCUUGCCAAUACCUUUUACAGGCAUCCUGUUCCAUUCAAUGAGGAAUUGUUCGUUUUCAACGAAUGAAGUGUGCAAUUACUUGUCUGCCAUAUUAGCUGUAGCAUAACAUGUGACUGGAUGGCUUGAAUCCUGAUUAUUUUUAGGUUGUUGUUGAAACACAAAGGUGAAACAGACUUCUGUGUAUGUAAGCAUUGAAUCUCUAUUCAACGGCAAUUCCUAGUUCUGGGAGACUCUUGCUCCACUGAACAUUUUUAAAUAAGAUAUACUGAAUAGUACUUCAAAAGGAAUUUAGCUCAGCCUUGUGUCUGCACAAAGGGUUUGUUUCCUUUAUUUUUGCCUCAUGAAUCCUUGAGUCUUACAUAUAAAGUCUUUUUAGUUCACUUUCCUCAAGUGCAUCUGGAAUGCUUUUCUCUGCUCCACAUCAACUCUUUUCUUCCAGCAUAUGUGGACCUGGUUACAAAGAAUAUUUUUAAAAAGUAUAUGUACACUAGAAAUAUUACAUCCAUUUUUAUGAAGCUGCAAAGCAGCACAGCAUCCAAAAGGUUUCAGCUUUCAAUGCUGACCAUUCUAAUUUCUGAUAUGAUAGUCAUCACUGAUGUUAACGGAGCAAUUUUGAAGUGGACAGUUUCUAUUGCAAAAUGUUCUUUAAAUAUUCUGUAAGAUACAUGGUUACUAAAAACUUUGCUUUUUUUUUUCCAAGUGAUGCCUUGUAAUCUUUAAACAAGGUACCUCCUGUUGUGAUUUCCCACUUUAAGUGUGGCCUCCAAAACCAGAAUCAAGGCAUUUUGCCUUUCCCCCUCUUUUUAAAUGAAUAUGACAAUCUAAUUGUAGUUUAAGAGAAUAUUAUGAGGCAGAUGCCCACUGUUAAAGUGGCCAUGGCAUUAUACCUAGGAUGCAAGGAACUGAUUACAUGAAGUUAGUAUCAAGUUAACACUUACUUCAGCUUGUCCAGUUAUUUCCUGAGGAAUUUAGCCAGGUUCCUUUUAAAGUGUGUUAAAAUGGCUAAGCACUGGCACUUUCUGUUCCUCAAGUCUUUGUGACUAUUCCUUGAAAAAUAUUGAACGUUGGUAUGAGGAUUGAUGAAAUGUUGAUCAUGUUUUAUAAAUUCAUUUUUAAUAAAUUGUUAUAUAGUCCAUCUAAGCUAAUGAAGGUUUUAAUUCAGCAUCUUGUGGGGAGGUUAAAAUAAUUCUUGAAGGUGAACUAUUUUACAAACACUAUAAUUAAAUAUUCUCAGUAAAGAAUUUUAAUUCCCAAGUGCCACAAAGAAAAAAUGCUGUAAUUUCUUCACAAAUCUUAUUUAAUGAAUUAAACAUCAUGCAUAGAAUGAAUACAGGACCACAGACUGAACUGACACUGAGCUGUGACUGUGAAGGUCAGUGUUAUACAUUAAAGCCCAGAAAAAAUAUGAAGUCAUAAAUACGUAUUUUAAUAACAGCUGCAAAGUUGUCACCCAAAGUUUUAUCAAAAUUGUUCAAUAAAUUUAGGAAAUGUCAUUGGCAUUUCCUAAAUCCAAUUUCCUUCUGCCUAAUAAAUUUAUGAACAGCCCCCACUUUAGUUAUUAGCUCUCGAAAGCCAGCAUGAUUAAUAAAAGUGCAUGAAAUUCACUUUGUCUAAUCUUGGGAAAGCAAACAUGUUGAGUAGCUGGUAUUGUCCCUUCAUAUUUCAUAAUCAAAAUAAUUAAUCAAAAGGCUAGAUUUCCAAAGUUAUUCAAAUGAUUUAACUUGGAGUGUUUUUAAAUCACUUUUUAAUUAUGUUGAACAAACAUUGUCUCUGCCUUAUCAACUUCUCCCCUCUGAAAAUAUUAGUAGUAUGUGAGAAACAUCUUUUUUUUAAUGAAAUUUAUUGUAAAUGUUACACUCUGAAUGAUCUCAUUGCUUGUUUUAACCUUCAUUUAACUAAUUAAAUUGUGUUUUAAAGGUAUCCAGUAGUAUCUUGUGGCAAUUCAGUUUAAUCCAUCUGAUUGUUUUUUUGGCUUUCUUUGUGAAAGAAGUUUAUUGAUGCAUUUUGUGUCAGAAUACAUACUUUUCAAAUUAGAUUGCAAAGAUGUGGUUCAGGAAGUGUGCUGUUCAGAGUUUUGAAAGUGAUUAAAUUAUUCAGUUAAGAUGGAGAAGGGCUCAUGCCAUCUUAUCAAAGUCCAGCUCUGCUCUAUUUAAAGACAUGGCUUACUAUCACACAUACUUACACACACCCAUUUACUCAAAUGCCAUAGACAUAGUUUAAAAUCUGUUUGAUAUAUCAAGCGCAUUUGUAAUAUGAUCUGGCUCUGUACUCCUCCAUCUGCCUCUAAAUUAUGGUCAUAUUUAAUUCAGUCUAAGUUAAAUUAGUAAAGGAUUUUCCUUUCACCUUUGUAAUAAAAUCCUCAGCUCAUUAUAUAAUUAAUGGACAUUCUGUUUCUUUAAAAAAACACUUCUUUAUUUUGUCUUUCAGGCAGUGAUAUUGUACUCAGUCAUUGGUUUUGCACAUUCUUUUAUUCUCGCCAAGUUUGCCUUGUCACGUGGUAAUUGUCAUUUUACCAAAUGUACUAACUCAAAGAAAAAAAUGUACAUAAACUGAUGAAACAAUGAAUGAUGACUGUCAACUCUACUGUUGUUUGACUGUACAGCAUUUUUGUUUCUUAUUGCCUGAUUUUUUAAUGAUGAACAUUUCUUCUGAGUGUGCUGGGAUAAUGAUGAAAACUUUGGUGAAUAGGCCUUAUCCCAUUUUUAUUCUCCAACACAUGGGUUGGGGAUGUUUCAUAUGGUCGAUCAUACAUAGUAAUUUGCCUGUUUACUUAUGUGUUAAUACCAUGUGUUUUUGUUUUGUUUGUAAAUAUUGCAGUUUAAAACAUUUGGAUCUGUAAGAGUCAUCACUGGAGUUGUAUUUACCAUAAAAGUUGGGAGCAGAACUAAGCCUUUAGCCCAUCAAGUCAGCUGUGCCAUUUGAUGAGAUAAUAGCUGAUCCGAUAAUGCACAACUCCACUUUCCUGCCUUUUCCCCAUAACUCUUGGUUUGCUUACUGUUUAAAAAUCUGUCUUUCUCA